AUGAGCGCGGCUGUUGUGCGCCGCUUGGCCUUGAAUUCGCCGCGCCACACUAUCAUAUCCCGCCGAGCCGUUCACCUACAACCACUUUGUGGGCAGCAGUAUGUCAAGUCGAAGCUACGCAAUUGGACCUGUCUGACAUUCCUAGGUGAAUCUGUUACCGCAGGCUCUUCUAUUCCACUACGGAAAGAUGCGAAACCUUUCAAACUCGCCGUCAAGGACAACAUCGCAACCGCCGACUUCCCCACGCAAUGCGCCUCUCAAAUCCUCUCUUCCCAUCCCUCGCCAUUCGAGGCCACUGUUGUCCGACAAUUGCGUGAACGGGGUGCUUCAAUAGUUGGCAAGACCAACAUGGACGAGUUUGGCAUGGGAUCACACUCAACAAACUCGAUCCACGGCGCUGUGAGGAACCCAUUGGCCGAGGACGAUGAUGUUUCAGCCGGUGGUAGUUCUGGUGGAAGCGCUGUUGCUGUUCGGCUUGGAGAUGCCGAUGUUGCGCUGGGGACAGAUACUGGAGGUUCAAUUCGACUGCCGGCGGCUUAUACGGGAACAGUUGGUUAUAAGCCCAGCUAUGGCAUGAUCUCCCGGUUCGGUGUUGUUCCAUACGCCAAUUCUUUGGAUACGGUCGGCUUCUUGGCCAGCGAAGUCAAGCCCAUCCAUGACCUCGUCUUCAAGACUGGUCUCUAUCAAGAGCAUGACUCGAGUGACCCGACAUCGCUCCCCAUUGCUUCUAGGAAACGCUGCGCUGAGACGACACCUUCCACCCUCCCCGACCUAUCCAAGCUAAAUAUUGGCAUUCCUCUUGAGUACAACAUCGAGGAACUUGAUCCCUCCAUCCGAGAUGCUUGGGUGGCUGCCGCCUCUGCUCUCGAAGCACAGGGUGCGACUCUGGUUCCCAUCUCACUCCCCUCUACAACAGAGGCCCUUUGCGCGUACUACGUCCUCGCCCCAGCUGAAGCUUCCUCCAACCUCGCAAAAUACGACGGUGUCCGCUACGGAAAGCGUGGCGAGGGUAGUGACGCUGUUGGCGAGACUCUAUACUCUGACACCCGCGGAGCCGGUUUUGGCGACGAGGUCAAGAGGCGAAUUUUACUCGGUACAUACAGUCUCAGCUCCGAGGCUAUGGACAACUACUUUAUCCAGGCACAAAAAGUCCGACGGAUGGUACAGCAGGACUUUGACCGCGUGUUCCGGCUGGACAACCCGCUGUAUGAACCCGCGCAGUUCGAUCUCAGCGACAUGGCUGAAGCCACCGGCAUGGAGGACAAGCGAGGCCCUCUACAAGUGGACUUUAUCCUUUGUCCCACAGCGCCGACGUUUCCUCCGCGGUUGGACGAGAUCAAAGAGCAGAGCAGCGUGGACGUGUACAUGAAUGAUGUCUUUACGGUUCCUGCUAGUCUUGCGGGUUUGCCGGCUGUGAGUGUUCCCGCCAAGGUUGAGGGUAGUCGAUUCCCGGCUGGAUUGCAAGUGAUCGGGCAAUACUGGGAUGACCAGAGGGUGCUUUUACUGGCAGAGAAGUUGAAGGAGGCCGUGGCAUGA